GGAUGAGGUCAAGCCUACCAAGCUCCCUACAGUUCCUAUUACACUUCUGAAAAGAAGAAAAAGAGUUGGUCGUGAUAUUAUCAAGCAACAACGUGUGCGUUCCGAAGAGUUACGGAAACGUGCUCGAAAACGUAGAAGUCUCAUACGACCUCCAAUCCGUUUUAUCAAGACGGGUCUCAAGCGCUCGCAAGACGAAUUGCGUUUACAGCGAAUAGCCAAACGGAAAUCUCCCUGCUUAACAUCUGAUCAACCAAAACUUGGUGUUGUAAUUCGUUUAAAGGAGGAUGAAGAACAAAUUGCGGAUAUUUGUAAAGAUGUAUUCCGUUUACUCCGUCUUGACACAUACAACCAAGCUGUCUUCAUCAAAAUUACUAAGUCUACUGAAUAUUGUUUCACCCUACAUAGUAUGGGGUUAUCCUUCCAUACAAGUAGUGCGCGAUAUGGUUAUGAAGCGUGGACGCACUAUGCUUGGUAG